GUGUUUUCCCCGGAAGUGCCUUUCCUCCUCCCACGUCUGCGCGGACGCAGAUUCCUUACCUCACUUGUCUUCGCCCCUCCCAGUCCCUUUACGCGUUUCGGAUGCUGGUUGGUGCUUCCUGGUUGCAGCCGCGGCACAUCAAGGUUACUGCCUUUCCAUGAUGUUUGGUGGCUACGAGACUGUAGAAGCAUAUGAAGAUGACCUUUACCGGGAAGAAUCAUCUAGUGAACUGAGUGUUGACAGUGAGGUGGAAUUUCAGCUAUACAGCCAAGUUCAUUAUGCCCAAGAUCUUGGUAACAUUAUCAAGGAGGAAGAAUGUGAAGAAGAGAAUGCUGGGAAUUCUGAAUCAUCAACUACUAAACCAGAUCAAAAGAACUUAAUUGUCCUUUCAGAUAGUGAGGCCAUCCAGCUAUCAGAUGGGUCAGAGGUCAUCACUUUGUCUGAUGAAGAUAGUAUUUACAAAUGUAAAGGAAAGAAUGUUAGAGUGGAAGCACAAGAAAAGGCCCAACAUCCUUCUGCUGCUCUUCAUUCUAAUGAGUUGGCUGAUAAGGAAUGUGAGAGCAAUAUUGAGAAAACUAAACCUGAAGAGAGAUCAGGUAUAAUCCGAGAGGUCAUGAUUAUAGAGGUCAGUUCUAGUGAUGAGGAAGAGAGCACUAUUUCAGAAAGUGAUAAUGUGGAAAGCUGGAUGCUACUGGGAAGUGAAGACGAUGAUAAGGAUGAUGAUAUCCUUCUCAACCUUGUGGGAUGUGAAGACUCUGUUACUGAAGGAGAAGAUGAUGUAAACUGGUUCAUCAGUGAAAAAGAUAUUGAGGCCCAGAUAGCUAAUAACAGAUCACCUGGAAGAUUGGCCCAGCGAUACUAUACAGACUACAAAAAUGUUAUCUGUAGAAAUUGUGACAAACGUGGCCAUUUGUCAAAAAACUGCCCCUUUCCACGUAAAGCUCGUCCGUGCUUCCUGUGCUCCGAGAGAGGACACUCCAUGUAUUCCUGUCCAGCUGCCCCUUGCAUAAAUUGUCCUAUGCCUGAGAAAUUUGGCCAUAAAUGUCUUUUCCCAUAUGCCUGGUCUAAAGAAUGUGACCGGUGUCAUAUGCGAGGCCACUAUACUGAUGCUUGCCCAGAAAUCUGGAGGCAGUAUCACCUAACGACCAAACCUGGACCACCCAAAAAGCCGAAGACCCCUUCCAGACCAUCAGCCUUAGUGUAUUGCUACCUCUGUGCGCAGAAAGGCCAUUAUGGACAUGAAUGUGAAGAAGCAAUAGCAUAUGGCGAGUUUCUAAAAUCUCCAUUCAUCAACUACUAUGAUGACAAAUAUGAAAUUCGAGAGAGAGAGAAGAGACUAAAACGAGAAAUAAAAGUACUCCAGAGAAGUGGGCAUAUUCCAAUGUGGUUCACGAUAUCUUCUGUGAAAAGAGCAGAUGAGAGUCCCCCCCAUUAUACGAGGAAGAGCCGCGCCUUGCGGAAGAGUAGCAGGUGGCCUCAAGAAGAUAAAGAAAUGAUGUACAGGAAUAGAGACCGUAAAAAGAGCAGGAAAGCUGACAGACAUCGUGAAGUGGAUGAGGAUUUUCCCAGGGGCCCCAAAACUCACUCUCCUGGCAUUAUUAAAACCUGGAAGCCUCAUAAGUCCUUUCACCAUUCAUCGCAUUACCACAAGUCAAGAGAAGACAAGCUUCCCAAAGAGGGCAAGCGGGGCAAGCAGAAGAAAAAAGAGAGAUACUUGGAAGAGGAUGGCAAUGAUAAUUUAUUUCUUAUUAAGCAGAGGAAAAAAAAAUCUAAGCCGUACAACAGCCUCUGA